ACGCAGAUCUAGUUCGAGAAGUUGCCACCAGCGACCUCGUUCAGCUCGUACGUCAGCAUCGAUUUCCGCCUCAUUUUGUGUUGUACUGAGUGUACGAUUUGCGGGGACUCUUCAAUUUCAGCUGGAUGGAAAGAGUAAAAUGAUCAAUUCUAGUGAUAUUUUACAAUUAUGUAGACUGUGCUUAGUGGAGGAUAAAGUCAAUCACCCAAUAUUCGAAGAGUCCGACGACUUGAGAAGUAUAUCCCUCAAAAUAUCUUCCUGUUUGCCAGUUUCGAUCCACAAAGAUGACAGUCUACCAAAAAAAAUAUGCGACACUUGCUCAACCAAAUUGGAUUCCUUUUACCAGUUCUGGAGUGAAUCUGCUAAUGCUGAGAAACAACUACUACAGUGGGUAGAUAAAAACAAAACAUCAAAACAGCAAGCAGAUCAAAGCAGGAAGAUGGAAACCACAGAAGUAAAAAAAGAACUUGAAGAUACAGUGGAUCCCAUUGAUAUGACUUCAGAGGCUCAGACUUACAUUUUGCAACAACAACAGUUGCCUUACACCUCCUCUGCUCCAAAUGAUUCCCUCAAUACAUCAGAAUCUGAAGAACCUGCUGCUAAAAGGCCAAGAAGGGCUUCAGCUGUAAAAGCUUUACAGCAUAUGGGAUCUGAAGAUGAAGAUGAUGCGGAACUUGCAGCUGAUAAUUAUGCCAAAACUGAGUCGGAUGAUAGUGAUAAAGAGGAGGAAGAUGAAGAUAGCAACUAUCAGGAGAACCCAUCUACUACCUCUGUGGAAGACCAACCUGGUCCAUCCGGAAUGUCGAAGAAAAAAAUGGUGCUGGAUGACACACCGUAUCUUCCCGAUGUUCUCAUACCAAUUGUCCAAUUGAAGGAAGAAAAGGAAGACGAAUACGAAGUAGAACCCGAUGUGACAAAGAAAAGUUACACAAGGAAAAACAAUUCCCCCGAUAAACCAUCGAAACGCGGAAAAAUAAGGGUGAAGGCAGAGUUCCGGAUGAAAUCAGACGAUGAAGAAGAAAAAUUCGAAUGUCCCAUAUGCAGGAACGACGUAAAGAGGAGUUUGAAAGAGAUGAAGGCUCACUACAAGUCCGACCACAAGGGAAAAAGACUGAGAACCGGCAACCUCACCAACGAAUCGCACCCGUGCGACAUAUGCGGAAGGGAGUUGAAACACAAGAGCGCCCUCAGGGAACACAUCGAGACCCACAACAACAGCUAUAGCUGCGAACAGUGCGGCGUGAACCACAAGAAACCUGUCGAACAUGUCAUCCACAUGAGAUCGCAUUCGGAAACGGGGACGUUCAGUUGCAUCUUCUGCGAUUUCAACACCACGGAGCUGGUGGAGAUCCAGAAACACAUGACAGGGGACCACGAACGGACCCAGAAGUACCACUGCAAGACCUGCAACAAGGGUUUCCAAAUAUUCAGCUGGUUCUUGGAACACGAGAAUUACCAUACGGGUCUGAAGCCCUUCAGUUGCGAGUUUUGCGGUAAAUGCUUCUUGUACUCGAGGUACCUUUCGGCGCAUCGCAGCAGCAUGCACAAGGAGGAACUGACGGGUGUGCCAAACAUCCACGAGUGCGUCAUUUGCAAGAAGCAGUACCAACACAAGAACAGUUUGAAUCUGCACAUGAACAUUCACACCGGCAACGUCGCGAUUUGUGAUAUUUGCGGUAAGAUUUUGUCGAGCAAGGAAAAGUUGAAGUUUCACCAAAGGACCCAUACCGGGUACAAGCCUUUCAGCUGCUCGUAUUGCGGCAAAUGCUUCACCAAGAAGCCCAUUCUAGUCGAACACGUGAGGGUCCACACCGGCGAAAGACCUUACGUAUGCGAAUAUUGCAAUAAGUGUUUCUCGCAAAGGUCCAGCUUGGUUAUCCACAUCAGGUCGCAUACAGGGGAAAGACCGUACGUUUGUCAAUUUUGUCAGAGAGGUUUCGUUGCCAAAGCGAUGCUCAAUAUCCAUUUGAAAUCUUGCAAAGGCAUGCCGAUUAACUGAAGUGAUUAAAUGAGCUGUUUUCACGGACAUGGUGGUCAAAACUGAUGGUAAAGGUGGAAAAUGUUGUGGUUCUACAUCUAGUUUUGGCUCACUUCGAUUACCUCCGAUUUUUUUGUCAUCAGAUAUCGCUGUAUCUCACAAGGUUUUUUUGGCGUAUAAAUAACACUUGAAAACAUGCAUAAACUACUUCAGCAGUGUCUAUAUGCAUGUGUAUUAACCUUCGUAAUAAAUCUUGAACCUCCCUCACAACAUUUGUAUUCUCAAAAAUCAGCUUUUUAAUAAAAAACUCUCUUCUUUAUUCAUAUUUUUUCAAUUUGUCGUGUUAUACAAUCUGAAUUUUUAUUAUUAGUGAAAAUGUUUCACAGUUACAUUGAAAAAUGUAAGAAAGAAUCUUUUUUCAUCAUUUGAUACCAAAUCUCAUUUAUAAAUUACGCAUCAGUUUGGAAAUAAAUCCACAAAGCAUAAGAAAGAUACUGCUUCUUGGAAGAUAUAACAGAUAUGAACGAUGAUGAUAAAUAAACAAAUAUUGAACUCGACCAACUUGCCCUACUAGGCAAGAUUCCAUCGCGUACUUCUGUGAUAUUGUGGACUGGUUGUAAGGGUGAUAGGCGCUAUCUUUCUUAUGCAUUAAUUCUAUGAUUUUAUAAUUAUUUUCCAAAUCGGUACCAAAUGUAGAACCUAAAUAUAUUCUUAAUUAGGACAUUUGCGUGUGAUGAAAACAGCUCAUUUUAUAGCCUUAACCUAAGAAUAAUAGAAAAGUUGACUUUAUUUUUAAGAAAACCGAAAUCACUCUGUAUCAAGAAUAUUUGUUACCAAUCCAAUAAAUUUUGGGACCAUUCAUGAAUUACUACAUGAAUUGAAAGAAGAAAUCUCAAUUGUUUCGUUGCAUUGUUUUUCUCCAUAUGAUAAUUCUUUAUUCUUAUUUUUCGUUUAUUGUUUCCAUUUGAUCAAAAACGUAUUCCAAUAUUUCAUAUUUCGAGUAAAUCUCAUAACAGUUACAGCAAACUGUAUCAGGUCAUUCUCAUACAUUUAAAAUGACUGCAAGAAAAUUUUUACUUAAUUCAUGAAUGUCCCCUUGGGUACCUUUAACUAAUUGAUUAUUCUAGUGAAAUAUACUUACUUUUAGUUUAGUGUGUAUGAGAAAUAUUGUGUUGUAAUCCAGUGAAGCAGAAGAUAGAUGGUUUGUGUUGUACCGGUGAAAAUAAAGACUAUAAUCAAAAUUUUCAUCCGGAUGCAAAUAUGGGACUGAGUGCAUAUGAAAAUGUGGAGCUCUUAGUAGUGUGUUGGGUGAACAAGUCGUCAUAAUUUAUGAACAAUCAACUGGAUUGAAGAAUAUUAUUCACCGAUUUAGCCAUUAUAUUGUGAAAAUUAUUUACUGGAAAUUCGAAGAAUGUAGGACUUUUAAUCAAAUUUUAUUCAGUAUUAAGUUGUACUGUAAAUAAAAAUGUAAUAUUAUAA